AUGUUGAGCAAUUUUGGACAAGCACCACAACAACCAGCACAACAGGCUUUUGGCCAACAGACUUCCAACAAUGCCAUUUCUCAAGACCCAACCUAUCAAAUGUUAUUGCAAGCGAUUCAGGUGAUUCAUAAUGCUGCAUCACCUCCCCAACAAAGAAUGGAGGCUCAACAGUAUGUGGAGCAGUUUAAACAAACGAAUCAGAAUAAGAUUGAAUAUUGUUGGGCUUUCGUUGUAGAUAGUCAACCUGAAGAGGUUCGACACUUCGGGUUACAAAUUUUACAUUAUAUCGUAACAAAGGAAUGGCCUGGAGUACAAGUAAAUUUUCAAACAACUCAAACACGGUCGCGGAUAUCUCAAUUACUGUUGGAAUAUGCUGCCCGAGGAACAAGACACAUGCUAGAAGAAAAGCUCUUUAUCAAAGAAAAAUUGGCUUCUAUUUUUUCAUCAAUCAUUGAAUUGUCAUGGCCUAAAAUCUUGCCAGAUAUUUUGGAAAAUGUUGUGAAAUUGACAUCAUUAGGUGAAACUCAGUGUGAAAUUGCAAUUUUCGCUUUGAGAUCCUUGGCACAAGAUUUAACCAGCGAUUUCUCAACAGAUAUGUCUCCAAAUAAGAGAAGAGAGCUCAUAGAAAAAUUACAACCAAAAAUUCCUGAUAUUUUCUCCAUGACUUUCGGAUUGUUUGAUGCCGCUUUUGGAGCAUAUAAGGCUAGAACAGACCAAAAGUCAUACAUGAUCAAUCAAAAAUUAUUAAGAGCUCUUUUGGAUAUGAGCAUGGCAUUUGUUAGUGACUGGCUUGAUCCAGCUCAUUUCUUUAAUCACAAUAUUAUUGAUAUUUGGAUAAGCUUAUUGCAUGUGGAUGAGUUUAAGAUGGAUGCUGGCCAGUGUUUGAUUUCUUUUGUCGAUGUAUCAUGGGGAACCAAAAAAGAGGCGAACAUGGCUAACCAUAUGUCCUUACUUUUAUCAAAAUUAUGCGAGAAUGCUAGGGCAAUUUUAAGUAAGGCUAACCCUAAUAAUCUUGAGGAGGAAUAUGAAUUCCACAAGGUUCUCUCCAAACUAUUUGUCACAUUCUCUCAAAAACAGCUCAAAUAUUUGAAUGAAAGACAUACAGAAAUUGUGGACAAUUUUUUGACAGUGGUUUUGGAAUUUGACAAGCAUCCAUCAAUUGUUAUUUUCAAUGAUACUCUUGUAGUUUGGAAUGGACUGCUAAGUAAUCCAAAGAUACCAUUUAGCAAUGCACCAUUUCUUGGCAAAUAUUUUGAACCCUUACUGCAGGUAACUAGAAUGAAGAUUACUAAAGAAAUAGGAAAUCCAGAUGUGGACAGAUUUGAGAAUAAUCUCACUCACCAAUUGAGUUUGAUUGAUUUUGAGGAUAAAAAAGAGUACUACCAUGUUCAUGGUUCUAUGAGAAGUCAGGCUAGAUCUCUCAUUCAAUACAUCACUCAACGAGUUCCAUUUGAAAGUGUAAAAUUUGCUACAUUGGAAGUUGAGCAAGCUCUUAAACUCAAUACACCCGAUCCAAAAGAUGAUAAGGGACCAAAUGGUUACUGUAGCGUUUUUAGCGAUGCUUAUCUUAUGUGGGAGUCAGCUGUGACUUUCUAUGAGUGGGUUAUUGAAUCUGUAACUAACGAUAAGGUUUCUGCAGAUGAACGGAUUAUUGAGGCAGAGAUGUAUCUCCUUGGGCGUUGCCUUCAAUUUUCAACAGAAGAUGCACUCAUUCAAACAAUAUUUGUGAGAUUAUUCAAGUCGUUCUCUCACCUCAAUAAGAGAAAUAAGGAAUCCUUGUCUGCAAUUGCCACAAAUUUAUUCAAACAGAUGCAAUUCCGACCUUCAAAGGAAGCUGGAAAAGCUGUUGAAGAGUUAACUGAAGAUACUUCUACUGCCAGACAGAAAGCACAUACUACCUUCAUUAGCUUAUGCCAAGCAAACGCAAAAGAUUUACCAGAAUAUUUGAAGCAAUUUGUAGAUCAAGCUGAACAGCUGUGGAACAAGAAAGAAAUUCUAAGCAACGAAUUGAUAUUGAUGUACGAGGCAUUUGUUGUUAUUAGCAAUGAAUGGAAAGAUUUGAACCAACAAUGCCAAUUUUUGGAUUAUUUAUUGAGCCCAUUAAUCAAUGAAUUGAAUUCUAAUUUGUAUCAAGAGGUGUGCGGAUCUGUAGAGCUACUUUACAAGGCAGCUGGAAUUAUUCCAGAACCAAACCAAGAAACAAAAGCCAAGCUCGAAGAGAUCAAGGGUAGAAUUUUCCACAUUCUUACAACAGUGACCAGUUUGGCAGAAAGAAUGCCUGAAAAUCCCAAAGAUAUGGGAAUGAUCGAUCCACAGACAAAAGAAAUCAAAUAUCCUAUCUCAGCAUAUAUUUUAGAAGUGUUACCAAAUGUUCUUUCUCUAAUUAGAACAAUUCAUAUGUGCUAUACACCUCAAGGACAGCAAUUAGUUCCUGAACAAGUGCGAAAGUACAUUUUACAUAUUGGAAUUGAUGAGCAGUAUAUGGCCAAGGGAGAACAAUUUGUUGCUUCUAAAGUGACACAAGAACAGUAUGCCGUACAUAAGGUUCAUUAUUUUGUCACAAACUUGAGAAGAUUGUCCUAUUUAUUGCUAGGUCAAGCAUGUAAAUAUUGCGAGAAAGCUCGUUUCUGGGGAAAUCCACAACUUUUCCAAAUGUUAUCAGAAUCUGUUUUUUCCUUCAUGGAGUUUGUGACAAUUAGAGAUUUAUCCGUAUUGACUAGUAAUUUCUUUUCGAGCUUCUUUGACGCUUGUCCUGCAGAAUUACAUAACACUCUCCUUCUUGAAAUAUUGAAGCCACUUUUAUCACUAAUGACCGCCAGAAUUGAACAAGCACAAAAUGAAAUAUGUGAUAAAGCAGGUUCUCAGCGUGGUGGUGACGAAGGUGUGUUAGAUGAAAUUGUGAAAGAAAAACACCUCAAAGAAUUGUGCUCCGUAUUGGUGAAUAUUUUCUUGAGGGCUACAAAUUCCAUUAGAAUUUCAAAGGACAAUCUCAAGCCAAAGGCAGACGUUAUUUGCACAUUUGUAAUCUCGAGUCCUGAUCUUAUUGGUUUAAUUGUUAUGCUUUUCUGCAAAAUUAUAGCAGCCAUGUUGGAUCCAACAAGUGUGGUGAAGUGUGUUAUUAUUUGUGACAGAGUUGUUAGAUAUUUUAGCAACUCACAAAUUCAAAACUAUACCAAUUUAUUUGCAGGAGAGUUAUUCUUUUCUCUCAUCAAAUCAUUGAUGACCACUGUAGAUGAACAAUUACAGGAUUCCAUCAUCUCCUUAAUUUCGUAUAUUUAUGCCUCACUUCGAAAAAAGACCAAUAUCAUGAAGGACAUUUUGAUUCAAGUUCCAACCUUGACACCACAAAAAGUGAAACACUUUGAUGAUGUGUUCACGCAAACACAAGAUGAAAAGGAACGAAAGAAAAAGGCAAAAGCUCUCUUCUCUGGAGUGUGUGGAAUGAACAAGGGAGCACCAUCGAAAACAAAAUCAGUUCUUGCUCUUAAUCAACAGCCAUCAACAGAAAAGAAGAGUGCAAAGAAGACAUCCUUCCUGGAUGACGCCACUGUUUCAAAACUUGGAGACUUCUUCAAAUAA